CUCCUUGUGAACCAAUGGGCACCCUACGGGACCUGCAGUAUGCCCUGCAGGAGAAGAUCGAGGAACUGCGGCAGCGCGACACCCUGAUCGACGAGCUGGAGCUGGAGCUGGAUCAGAAGGACGAGCUCAUCCAGCGACUGCAGAACGAGCUGGACAAGUACCGGUCCGUGCUCCGGCCCGCCACUGCUCAGCAGGUCCAGGCCCAGCAGCAGACCAAACGGCAGGCCAUCUCCGCCGAGCCCAACGCCUGCGACAUCAGCGAGCUCAGCCAUGUCACCCUGGCCUUCUACCCCCAAGAGUCCAAGGAGAUGAUAAAGGACGCCAUCUUGGACAACGACUUCAUGAAAAACCUGGAGCUGUCUCAGAUCCAGGAGAUCGUGGACUGCAUGUACCCCGUGGACUACGGGAAGGACGCCUGCAUCAUCAAGGAGGGCGACGUGGGCUCGCUGGUGUACGUCAUGGAAGAGGGGAAGGUGGAGGUGACUAAAGAAGGGAUGAAGCUGUGCACGAUGGGGCCGGGGAAAGUGUUUGGAGAGCUCGCCAUCCUGUACAACUGCACGCGGACGGCCACCGUCAUGAGUGAGUACUGA